GCUCGAGCAUCCACCGUCUCCUUCCUCCUCGCCGUUCGCCGCGCGCGACACCACCGGCGCCACCAUGUGUGGGAUCCUUGCCGUGCUCGGCGCCGCCGACUGGUCGCAGGCGAAGAGGGCGCGCGUCCUCUCCUGCUCCCGUAGGCUGAAGCACAGGGGACCCGACUGGUCCGGGCUGUACCAGUGCGAGGGAAACUUCCUCGCGCAGCAGCGGCUCGCCGUCGUCUCCCCGCUCUCCGGCGACCAGCCGCUGUACAACGAGGACCGGACCAUCAUCGUCGUGGCCAAUGGAGAGAUCUACAACCACAAGAAGAUCCGGAAGCAGUUCGCCUCCAAGCACACGUUCAGCACCGGCAGCGACUGCGAGGUCAUCAUCCCGCUGUAUGAGGAGUACGGGGAGGACUUCGUCGACAUGCUGGACGGCGUGUUCUCCUUCGUCCUCUACGACACCCGCACCAAGACGUACAUGGCCGCACGCGACGCCAUCGGCGUCAACCCCCUCUACAUCGGCAGGGGCAGCGACGGCGCCGUCUGGAUAUCGUCCGAGAUGAAGGCGCUGAACGAGGACUGCGUGAAAUUCGAGAUCUUCCCCCCCGGCCACCUCUACUCGAGCGCCGCCGGCGGCCUCCGCCGGUGGUACAAGCCGCAGUGGUUCGCGGAGAACGUCCCGGCGAUGCCGUACCAGCCGCUCGUCCUCAGAGAGGCCUUCGAGAAGGCUGUAAUCAAGAGGCUCAUGACUGACGUGCCGUUCGGCGUCCUCCUCUCCGGCGGCCUUGACUCCUCUCUCGUCGCCUCCGUGACCAAGCGCCACCUCAUCGAGACUGAAGCCGCCGAGAAGUUCGGAACUGAGCUCCAUUCCUUCGUCGUUGGCCUCGAGGGCUCCCCUGAUCUGAAGGCUGCAAGAGAGGUAGCUGACUACCUAGGAACCAUCCAUCACGAAUUCCACUUCACUGUCCAGGAUGGCAUCGAUGCGAUCGAGGAAGUCAUCUAUCACGAUGAGACGUACGACGUGACGACGAUACGGGCCAGCACGCCGAUGUUCCUCAUGGCGCGCAAGAUCAAGGCGCUCGGGGUUAAGAUGGUGCUGUCCGGUGAGGGCUCAGAUGAGCUCCUCGGUGGUUACCUCUACUUCCACUUCGCCCCUAACAAGGAGGAGUUCCACAAGGAGACCUGCCGCAAGGUGAAAGCGCUGCAUCAGUAUGACUGCCUACGUGCCAACAAGGCGACCUCCGCCUGGGGUCUGGAGGUCCGUGUGCCGUUCCUCGACAAGGAGUUCAUCAACGUCGCCAUGAACAUGGACCCAGAGUGGAAGAUGUACGAUCCUAAUCUUGGUCGCAUCGAGAAGUGGGUCAUGAGGAAGGCGUUCGACGACGAGGAGCAGCCUUACCUGCCAAAACACAUUCUGUACAGGCAGAAAGAGCAGUUCAGUGACGGUGUCGGAUACAACUGGAUUGAUGGGCUCAAGGCUUUCACCGAGCAGCAGGUCAGUGAUGAAAUGAUGAAGAACGCUGCCAAGGUGUACCCACACAACACCCCCAUCAACAAAGAGGCGUACUACUACCGCAUGAUAUUUGAGAGGCUCUUCCCUCAGGAAUCGGCGAGGGAGACGGUGCCGUGGGGCCCUAGCAUCGCGUGCAGCACGCCGGCGGCGAUCGAGUGGGUGGAGCAGUGGAAGGCGUCGCACGACCCCUCCGGGCGGCUGAUCGCCUCCCACAACUCCGCCUCCGCCAACCAUACCAACGGCAACGGCAACCACGCCAACGCCAACGGCAAGGCCAAUGGCCACUGCGCGAUGGUGGCCAACGGCAACGGGACGAACGGCGUGGCGGUGGCUAACGGGACAGCCAACGGAGAGAUGGAGGCAUAACGCCGGCGAACUCCCGAAGCUGGCUGGCCGGCCGGCCGGCCGGCCGUCGAUCGCGCUAGCCGAUGAGAUUGACGGCCGUACGUGUUGUGUACACUAAAAAAAAGGAUAAAAGGGUACUAGUAGGUGUGCGUGUGUUCACCGACCGCCCAUGACAUUGGCGCGUUCUAGUACUAGUAGUAUUUGUUACGUGCGUGUUUGUGCCGCUCCUGUUGUACUGUACCGUCACCCUUUUGUCGUUGUGCGUGUGCGAGAGAGACAAGAGCAAUCGAUUCAAGCAUGUGGAGAGUGAUGAUCACUUUGAACUCAUCCUUGAAUUGAUACACCGUAAUUAGUUAA